AUGGCGGAUUUUUCGAACAACACAGUGCAAAUUGAAACAGUGUCAAAAGGGGUGGCAAAGAGAAAGUAUUUGCUGCUGGAUGAGGAUUUAGAGGACUUGAAAUACCAGUUGAAAGAUAAUGCUGUAAAUAAAAGUUAUGGUAAGUGCAAAUGAGUGUACAGGCUGUCAGACACCUCUUCCAUGGAAACCCUUUGACGGAUUCAUUCUCUGGAUGUCUAGGAUUUCUCUCUUAUUCCAAUUUCGAACCUAUCCUCUUUCAGCCGCCAUGAAAAUAUUCAAGUUAUCAGAAGUGGAAUCUGUUGCUAUAAGAAAAUGGGGGAGUAUGGAAAAACUGGAAGCUGAACAAGAGAAGAGGAAACAGCAGAACUCCAAGUUGGAAAGAAAAAACGAAGAGGAGAAAAGACAUUUCUGGGACCACGAAGAAAUAUUUAAACCUCUUGAGCAUUUCAUGGUAAACCUAGAACUUCCGGAAGAACGUGUUUCCUGCUAUUUUAGAGAGCAAAUUGAUGACGUUCUCGGUGAGUGUUAGAAUUACAUGUUAAAAAUGCAUGGUUCAAUUUGACCUGUAACCAUGCCCCCCCCCGGGCAUACCCCCGGGGAUUUACAAUAUUUUUUCUUUCUUGGUGGUCUAUCCCCCCCCCCCCACCCCACCAGGCACGUAGCUAGGAAGAGCAAUUCCCACUCCUGAUCGACCUCAUGAAAGUUUUAUAGGUGCAUCUUUUUUAAAGCAAUAAUUGAUUUCUGUACAAAGGAGAAGUUUUCACAACUUUUAUAAACGUUUUGUAACGUUUAUUGAGAGAAGGAUACUACUGUCAUAAUUUAGUUUAAGCAUGAACAAUAAAUUUGAAAACGGAAAAGGAAGAAAAAAGCUCUGUUUUUAUCGACUCCUUGAUAGAACACUUCUUUAAUAAGAACGCUCUUGAAUGAAUCUCUGUUUAUUUAUGUUUAAAUAUCAUACACUUAAUGUCAGAUCCCGAGAGAAACAGUUAGUUUUGUUUUCCUGAGAGUCCUGAUGUUUCCCAAGAUGAAGUCGAGGGAAAUACCAGGACUCGAGGGAAAACAAAACUAAGUGGUUUCCAGGGGACCUGACAGUAAGUGUUUUGUUAGAUUUCUAUACUUUCACUUCAACAGCAACAAAAGAUUAACCGGAGCGAACCAAAACAGUCGACGCGGUACUUAAAACAACACAAAUUUAAUCCUCAAAACCACUGAAUGAAUGAAUUACAAAGCACUUUCCCUAUAUUAUCUGCAUCUUUUUCCUCCACUAGCUGCUGUUUCUCUUCUGGGAUAGCUUUAAAAAUCGUUGCUUUUUAGCUGAUUGAGGCUUUGUGUUUGUGUUGUUGUGUUCAUUCACGAAAAGAAAAUUGGCAGUGUUUUUCCCGCCUUCUGUCAUGCCACUUUCCACCAUGCUUUGAUCACUUGCUAUAAGUUAUGUAUCCCGUCAGUGGGGUACAUUGCUUAAUGUAUCACGAUUGGGAUACAUUUGAUUUUAGUCAAGGCCACAUGACCAAGAAUCAACCAAUGGCAGUCCCUGUUUAGUUGAGUGAAGUCUAGGAAAUAAUAUAACAAUGAUAGGUUAUUCCCCUUCAACCACUCUCCAACAAAUUCCUGUAUUUUCCCUUGAAAAUACGUAGUGUUGAGGUCCGCAACCAUUGUGCAAACUACACAAGAAAUGAUACGUACUUUGCAAAAUCAAAGAGAAGAUAUUAUUAAUUUUGUGAUUUGCCCCACCCCCUCAGCCCCACUUAAGGAAGCAUGGGUAUGCAUACAUGCCCAUGGUUCCUUUCUUACUCUUCAGUUUAAUCCUUAUAUCAGAAAGAUUUAUAGCAUGAAUUAGCUAGGGAGGCCAAGGUUAGGCAAAGAGUGUGGCAGGGGAGGAGGAGAAAUGAGAGGGAAGGGAGGGUGUGAAGAAAAAGUUGAUAGAGAAAGAAAGGGAACAAGGAGAGAAUGUCAUGCCUAUAAUACUGUACAGGGAGGUUUUGUUCCGGGGCCCCCUUUUUAAAUCAGACAAUACAUGAAUGGCAACGUUUUUGCACAAGUCAGAUAUCAGCAGUUAAUUUUAUUCACAAGCUUAGUAAUACACAACAAGAAUGCUAAUAUGAUCCUGCAUAUCAUGAACAGUACCAUGAGUUGUGGAAGUUUGGUGUUGCUCUUGAUAGGGUGCUAAUCUGUCUAACAUGACAACUUUAAAGCUUUUGUUUUUACUCCCAUGGUAUGAAAUUAUUAAACCAGAGCACUGAAAGAGAAGAAAGAUGAACUUCCGGUCAUUGUUUUUGACAUUAAAGAUAUUAAUGUUCUUUAAUUGCUUACAGUGUGUAAGUUUGCUUUUGUGUUGGGUCAUGUAUUCUAAAUGUGUUAUGAAGAGGAUGCUGUGUAACCAUACCGUACCAUUUGUUUAACAGUAGCUAAUCAAAUUUUCAGUUCUAAAUGCUCUCAAUCUCAAACUUCCUAAGAGACAACAUACUGUUAUGUUUCUUCCUAGAAACCAGUGCAAAAGAUGAAAGCCUCAUUGACUGUGAUGUAAUCCUGUGUUUUUGUGACUGCCUUCAUAAUGUUCCUCCUGACUGUAGGUAUACUAGCUGAACAACAUUGAAAUCAAUAAUUGUGUCCAAUAAUGAUAAUUAGUAGUAGUAAUAAUAAAUUAGUUAUUAUUAUUAUAUAUACCUAUUUGUAAAGACUAGUGACACAGUAAAAAAGACAAAUUAAUGCAGCGUCCCUGAUUUUGAUACAAAUAAUGAUUUUCCACGGUUUGCAAAAAUACAUCAGGGGUGUAAUCAUUUAUGAAUGGCAAGAGGAUGCUGAUCUGAUUUUCAAAAUUUUCCAAAUUCUCAACACUCGCCAAAUUAAUAUAGAAGCGAUCUAGGUUUCCUGAAAGAUUAACCCAUUCACUCCUGGAGAUUAUGCUGAAAAACGUGUUUUGAAGCUUGUCGAGUGGUUUUCUGGUCACUGUCGUGCUAUAAAGAGCUAAAACUCACCACAAACCAGUUUACAGGUCGUACACUUCGCGGCCUUCUGAUCUAGAUGCAAAAUAUCAGCUUGCAAAGUUCGGGCAUGCGCAGAAAGCAAAGUGACACAGCAGUCUUGACUUUUACUUUUCGCUUUCUCUCCUCCCCUCUUUUUUUUGCUUUUCUUGCCUCAUUUUUUUUUCUCUUGCUGGGCAUUUUUAGUAGGCUUUGUUUUGGUGGGAAGAGUUUUUAGGAAAGCUUUUAGGAUCUUUAAUAGGAUUAGGUGAAAGGAAAGCUAGGUGAGCAAUGGAACAAGAUUUUCAUGGAGAUUUUCAGGUCAAUGUCAUGGUUUUUUGCUUCUUUUUCCGGUGUCCUUGACUGAACUGUGCUCAUUCUGGUAUGGUUUGAAAGAUCUCUUCACUCUGCACAAGUUAGUGGACAAAGUUGUCCUUGAUGUAGGGUAGAAAGGACGUGGAUCCGCACGGGCGGUUACGGGCGAAUGGGUUAAGUUUGGGAAGUGAAAGGAAUUUUGUGUUCUUUCUCCUCCCUGCCCUUUUUUAACUCCUUUCUAGUCCACAAUCCUUUGCAAAACAAUUGACUGAACACUGAGCAAACUCAUGAUAAUAAUAAUAACAAUAAUAAUAAUAAUGAUAAUUUUUUUAAAUUUGUUUAAAUUUUUUUUGUUUUAAUUUUUUUUUAAAUGAACACUAUAGUGAGCAGCACAAACCAAUACAUGUUAUUUUAUUUUACUUUUUUUUUCAUGUAAAUAGAAAAGAAGGUACUGGGUUUUUGUUUCGUUUGUUUUCUUUUUUUUUUAAAUGAACACGUUUUUUGUAUCUUUUCUUUAGUUCAUAAGUGAAUUUAAAAAAAGUAAAACAUUUUAAAACAAAAAAAUUCAUUAAAAUAAAAAAAAAAAAAAACAAACCAAUGCAAGGAUUUACUUGAUUUAUUUCUCCUACCGGUUUCAUCUGAUCACACAAACUUCAUCAUGGAGUAUAACAAGAUAGCUAGAGCUAAGGAACUAUUAAUUAAGACAAAGUCACGUUCCCGUAAGGGUGAAGAGCAAAAAACACCCACAAAAUAUACGUGCAGAAUGUCACUAUAAUCCUGUGUUACAAAAUUUGCAAUGUUUAAUUUUGGGGCUCACAGAUUUAACGUUAAAAAUUUGAAAAAUUAAAGAAAAAACUAUAAUAAUAGCGUCCUUUGUUUAUCCCAAGAGGAAAUAGUGGUAGUGGGACCAUGCAAAAUUCAAAUCAAAUAUAACUGGGUUAAGAUUCCCAACUGGCUGGGGCAAACCAGCUGGCUAUUUAAGAGCGUAACCGAGGAGUUGAACUUGGGACUACCAAGAACUAAUCCAGCUAGAGGUCAGGGCAGGACUUGAACUUGUUGGAGCCAGCGAAUUACAAGUCCAGCACUCUAACAGCUCUGCCGCACUGCCCUCAUAACAUGUAUUUCCCAACAUAAAAAUUGUACUUCAGGCUAACUUUGGCAAAAUAAUUUUUGUGCUUUAACAAAGUCUGCAGUGAGCUAAGUAACUACACUUUAUAAUAUUACUAUGUUUCAGUUACAGCUCGUAGAAUAUUCAAAGAGUUUCCAGAGGCAAAACAAGUUGACAAGGAGACACCUUAUAAUGAAAGACGAAAAAUGGGACAUUUCUCUUGGACUAUAAGCAAGUCAUUAAACAAACUCAUUGUGAAUUUUUACGUGGUGCAUAAAGUAUGUAUUUUUAAUUACUAAAAAUUUAUACUUUUAACAAAGACACCAUCAGCUAUACGUUCAAUGAAAAGAACCCUCAGGAUUUGUAAUAUUAUAAGCAAACUAUAAAUACAUGCAGUCAAACCUUCCAUAAGGUACAGGGUUCUCUGUUAGCGGCUGGUGAAAAUCACCUUCUAGUCAUCAUAGAAGCACCGGUCACUAGCAGAAUUUUUGAGUUGUAUUUGUUUCUUCAUUCAUUUUUUUUGGUCGCUAAAACCAAACAUGAUAAUAAAGCAGAUGAGAGUAAAAGGUGGUCAUUCAAAAUGCACUGAAAUGCUCUUUUCCGGGCCCCCAAAUUAAAAUGUUCCAGUGGGAAACUCCCAGACUCCCCCUAAAGUGAAAGGGGGUGACCAAUCCUACACCUACCUCCACAUGUGGCUGCACCGCGGGAAACAUGCUGUGUGCCUUUCGAUCUGAUUUAGUACUGCGUACUUGAUUUUUUUCUCCUUCUACCGUAAGUUUUUUGGAGAACCCUGAUAAGCUAAGGGACCACCCAAAAUGUCAAGGAUUGGUAGGCAGUUGGUGGGUGUCAAGAAAACCUGGAUUGGAUCAACCCCUGUAAGAUACUAAAUGACAAUAGGUUAGAGAUAGGGUUAUGGCAGGAGCUGAUCUAAUCAAGGUUAUGUGGAUACUGGGCUUUGGUGGUCGUUUACAAGAGUCAUGGACCAGCAGGGUGUCUCUAUCAGUGAGACAUGUCUGACACAUAUAUUUAAUACUCAUUCGGAGACAGUUUAUGAUAUAAAAUUUCUGAGUAACAAGAUAAGCAUUAGUAAAUUCGUAUACUCAAUUCACACGUAUAGUUCAUACCGAGAAUGAAGGAGAAUCAGAAAUAAAACAAACAAGCCUCGCCGCUGAUCUCCAUUUGAACUUUAUUAUUAUACAUCAGACUCACUAUGAAAAAUCUGAUUGGUCGAGAGCAUUCAAUCAAUUCACAAUAGCUUGUGAACUUGACGAAAUAUUGCAUUUAUCAUGUCAGGUACACAGGUAUGUGCCCCAUGAGUCAGGACUAAUGAGGAAAUAUCUAAGGGUACUUUUCAUUUACAUGGAAAACCAGAAAUUCCGGUCUGAAAAUCAAAUGGUUCAUGCGAUUCCGUUUGGGAAGCUUCAGAAAAUAUGGGCUCUGAUUUGGAGCGAAUCAACUUUUCAGCUCUUUUUAGCCAGCUGUUCAGCUGAUGUUGAUAUACUCUGUGGUGGUUCGUUCUCCUACUCGUCAAAUUUUAUAGUUUUAUGUUUAUGCACAAGAUUUCCACCCGGCUGGUUUUUUGUAAAUGGUAUUAAAGCACCCCUAAUCUCCAUUGCUCCGUGUUUUAUGGUCUGUAUUUAAAGUUGUAUUUAGAUUUGAAGCUUUUGAAAGUGCCUUUUGUUUGUUCCCUUCCAUAGAUGCAAAGUGUUGACACAGAGCUUGAUGCUGAUGUUUUGUUUAACGUCUCAAUUUUCUUAUUUUUUUUUUCUAUUUUCUCCAGUGGAAACGCUUAUCUCAAAGACAGGCAUCAACAAUGAUCAACUUUGAUGCCCUCAGCAAUGGGUUACGAAGAUUCUCAUCUUUAUUGUCUAAAACACUCAAGAAAAAUGGACGGCAACCUAACAGUUUAUUGAUUGGGACAUAUGCACCAUAUAGAGUGAACUCUGAAAAAUGUAAGUUGUUUUACUUUUCAGUACACGGUAUAAAUCAGCUGUGUUUUAAAGCGGAACCCGGAACGUCCUUAGAACGAAGACCUCGGUACAAUGAACAUUGCUGGUCGCUAGUUGGAGUAAAAUAUAUGGGACAAGAUCUCGAUGUAGCGUGUAGCUUUGACUCGAGGCCCUGAAGGAAUAUUUAAGACAGCAGAAUUAAACCACAAAACAUGCGUUCAAUAAAACCACUGGUAAAUGGAUGGGUUUUAAGCAGGAUAAUUUGUUCAGAGGAGCAUGUUUCACCAAUGUUUCGGACUUUGCCUACUGCAGACUUCAUAAGUUACGAAGUUCACAAAAGUUUGCCAAACUAUUUGAACGACACUUGUAUGAGCCUAAGCUUGCAUUUUGUACAUGUGAAUGAAACUCGUUUAGAUGCUCAUGGCCUACUUUUCUCUCUCUCUCUUUUAGUCACAAAAAUUUUAUCAGAUGAUAUGGAGCAUCCUGUCAGAAUCUUUACCAACGUCAGAAAACUGGACGCAAAAACCUCGAAAUAAAUAAAUGGACCUUAAAUGUAGCCUACUGGGAGGAUCGGGAAAAAUCAGCUAUUUGUGUUAGUUAUUAUGGUUAAAACAUCGUUCAAUUGUGUUUGAGACUUUCGUCUCAUAUUGAAUUGAUUAAGAACUUUCAUGGAGAACGUACGUCAACCACAUUGCUUGUGUCAAUUGAAACUAAUAGGUGAACAUGUUAUUAUUACCUCCAUGUCGCCUGCAACUCUUAUUUCUUUAUUUGUCUAAUUCGUUGAUUGUCAGUCACGAUUGUACAGCCAUGGUCUUCAUAACAACUACAACAAUUCAAUUUUGGGCCACGUAAACGCUAACGGGAAAAAUUCUACCAUGGUUUUGGGCAUUUUAAACCUCCUAAAACAAUGACGUGUCUACACUAAACAAUGACAUUUUCAAAAGGUCCUGUUUACAUGGAGGUAGGGGACCCUAGGAAGGUGAGGUAACCGUUCAGGUGUCCAUAUAAUCUCUCAUUUUAAUUUGAUCACGUUUACAUGGUAGGUGGGUUGACCCGCCGCAUUUUACCCUACCUAUCUGGGGUCCCCCACCUCCAUGUAAACAGGCCCUUAGACUAUGUCAGCUAAUAUAUCUCGGAUUGUUUAUCAUGUCGACAUGAACAGCCGUCCGGUUAGUAUCCAUGGUAUGAAAACUGUUUACACUGCAGUGGCAGACCAGGGGAGUGGCCCGGGGUCCCGCCCCUCUCUUAUCUCAGGGUCUCGAUGGGUCCCGCCCUCUCUUAUCUCAGUCUGGAUGAACGCACCCCCCCGAUAUGUGGCGAUCCACUUUCAAGAUCAACGCGACCCAGCUUGGCUCCGUUACAGAACCUGGACCGAAAUUACUGUGUGAAGAGAAGCCUUAUGAAGCCUUAUCCGAUAUGGUUUUCGAGCCAGUGCAAAAGCUAUCCUUUAUUAUGUAUAGAUGUUGUGGUUCAGUUUUAUCCUUGGUUUAAUUGGGUAUGGUGAUAUAGGAUAAUGAGUCUGAAACAAUGGAAAAUAACAUUUAAACCAAGCAUAAAAUUGAACCACAACAUAGACAUAGCCUAAGGGAAAAUCUCUUAAUGAAGUUGAUUUUUGAUAAUGGAAAUUUGAACUUCGAUGAUAAUGAUUUUUCGGUUCCUCAAUCUUAGCACGGCUCUUCAGAUAAUUUCCUGUAAGUUGGCUUUUUUUCUGAUAUAGGGUUUUCAUGAAUUCUAGAAAUCAAAUGGAAGAUCGAAGCGCCUCUGCUCGUAGGAUACGUGAGCUGCAAUUUUUGGGAAACAAGAGAGAGGUUCAAUUGACCACUCCAGAAAAUACCAUAACAUACCAUAAUGCUCUUUGUUUGUCACCCCAAAAUUUACGUGAGUCGUCAGUUUCUCUUGGGAGUUAAAAUGGCCCCAGGAGAAACUGAAAACAAUGCUUAUGCAAACUUUUGGGGUGACAAACAAAGAACAUUAUGGUAUGUUAUGGUAUUUUUGUGUCCCUCAAUAGAGAGGAGAUGUGUGACGUCACGUUACCAUGGUAGCACUAUUUCUAUCACAACUUUGCACGUGCGUCACGCUAUUUUGUACAUUUCUUUGCCGUCGUUGCACCACUACGAUAUGAAACUUCCUACUUUGAAAAGCCCUCUUUAUGGAGUAGGUGAACACAUACAAAAAUUGUCGCUUUCUUUUUCUUAACUUAGAUAACGAUAGAUACGGUCGGAAAGAAAAUUUCGUAAAGAUUUGACAAAUUAAAUCAAAUUGAAGAUCGGUGAAGAUUAAAAUAGUGCGAAUAGACUUUUAAGUGACCUUUUCGGUUUGUUGUCAUCCAAAAUUUUUGCCACCAUGGCAACGUGACGUAAGGACUUCUCCUCUUUAUUGGCCAAACACUAAGUUUGUAAGUCCCUUCCUAAAUAAGGCUACAUGAUUGCUCAACACACCUCAUCCAGUUAACACUUCCUGUUAUAUAAAAAGAUUCAUACGUAAGUGAAAAAGAAUCAUAAAUUGGAUAUUGGAGCAGUGUGUCUGCGGUACAUGUACAAGAUUGGACACUCCAGAGCAGAUACAACUCUGAAACUGUAAAGAAUUCCUUACAAGUGAGAGGAACCUACCCAGGUAAAAACCUUAUAAGGCUGGCAGAUUAAACUCAAACUUUUCAUGUGCCGAAUAUAAUCGUUAGAUUUGGUAUAUUAAGAGAUCGGGCCUUGGCCGGUUGGUAGCGAGGUAUUUGUUUAUCCUGUUAUGAGGAAUUCUGCUCAUUAGUGGUUUAAUAGCUGGUAAAGAUGGCUUUAUUAAUAUCAGUGCGGUCGCAUAUUUUUCCGCAAAAGUUUCAGCUAAAUGUCCCUCUAAUCACUGCAGGAAAUCAAUCUUUUCUUUGCGCAUUCAAGUGUUUGUUUUUUUGAGGACUCUAUUAGUCGUCAUUUGUUUUACUGUUCAUCAUUCUGUAUUUAUUUUUUUAGAGCCAAGAUUUUUAUCAGGUGUAUAGUUGCGCCAUGCUUUCCGUUUUAGUUCAGGUAUUGAUACGAAAGAUUCUUGCUGUGUAAAAGUUAACUGUUUAAAUGAAACAAAGAGAAGAAAACGAUUUGGGUUCGUGAAUUAUUUAGAUGGCUUCUUAAGUCUAUCACCAGCCACUGUUUGUAUAAGACCACUUCUCCUUAAGUAACAAAACAUAGUAAAGUGGAACCUCGAUAUAACGAAGGGCCAAGCGGUCUGGCAAAAUAUGUUCGGUAUGAAUGAGUCUUCGUUUUAUCAAGGUUAUUUUCCAUAUAUUUACUAUUACUGAUUACUGGGGCGUAGGAUAUCGUUCUACUGACUUUAUACCGAGGACUUCGCCAUAAGGAGACUCGUUAUAUCAAGGUCUUACUGUUUCGUGAACUGAUUAUUUUGGGAUGAAUUUGAGUUCAAGAAAUUCUGCUUGUUGGAUUGAUUACUAUUUAUAAGGCUCGACUAUAGUAGCAACUUUUUUUAACUGUUCUAGUUCCAUCACUGGAAUCCCAGUGCGCUGUUUACAUUCGUAGCAAUAGACAUAACACGCCUUACGCGCUGUAGGGAACCUGAUGGUUGACAAGUGCCUUUUGUUAUGUAACUUAUAUAUUUUGUUACUGUGGUAACUGAGUAUAUGAGUAUAAUGCGUCCAGGAGGAGCUGCUGAUACAGCAAAUUCUGGUGAAGUCAUCUUCUCUAGUCGGUUUUCAAAAAUUACAUAAUAUAGUUGUAUUUUUGAGAGAGAGUUGCUUCCCAAGGUGUAGUGUGAAGUGAUGGCCACUUGCAGUAGGAAGCCACGACGACUCAUCACCAAACUGAGGGCUGUAUUAACACUUACAUCUUCCUUGUUCUAAUUUUUUCUGACCUUCGUUAUUGCGCAGCUACUUGUGACGGAAGUUCAUUGUCCGUUGCUUUUUGUUUUUCUCACAAUGUUUUUUUCCUCCCGUCUAGCUUCUUCAUGUACUUGGCUCUUACUAAUAUAACUUCCAUUUAUUACUUGUUCGGCUUCCACUACCUCUUACUAUCAUGAACACACCAGUAUGUCCGUUUCUUCGUGGUUAAUAGAAUCUAUAUUGCAAAGGAACUUUACCAUGCUGCAAUUACAUCACAUAAGUUUUGACACCUUUAAGGAAAACUUACCUUAAUCCAUGUCGCUGGAAAAACAGUUUCCGACUGCAAUAAAAGUAAACAAAGAUUCCGAAACCAUGACUGAUGGUUUAACGACAGAUUAUUUGUCAACUUGGAGGACAAAAUUUCCCAGCAGUAAAGUUUCAGAUUUGCGCAAAAUCACACCCGGAAUUUACUCUGUGGGACAAUGAUAAGUUCUAUUUGUUUGAAAACUUAAUAACUUUAUACUGAACUAAGUCGAUAUUUUAAGUCAAUAAUCAGACACUGUCUACAGCCAAUGUAGAGUUAAGGGCUAUAAUGCGUAAGAUUGUGCGUGGGAAAAUAAAAACAGUUGACUUCCUACAUACUAGGACUUCCUAGCUAAAUGUCCUUCAAGGUCAAGAACUCGUUGAUUAAUAGAUAGUUACCAAUAUUUAGGAAGUUAGAAGUUUUCAGAACCUAAAAAGCUUUCUACACAAAAAUGACGCAUUUAGUCUUGUGACAGUACGAGCAAUGACUUGCUAUUGAAAGCUAAUUAUAACUGUGAUUUAAAAAAUGAAUAUUGUUAUUUAGACAUUUCCGCGUCUGCUACCUUGUUUAACCCUAAGGGUGGGUUUCCACUGUCACGUAAUUUUUACUUGCGUGUACACGCACGUAAAUUUUACUCGUUGAUUUUCGCUCAACUUCACGUUUAAGCUCAACACUUUGUAUCUUGCCUCUCUUUUAUUUACGUGAAUAAAUUUUACGCGCAUGUACACGCACGUAAAAAUUACUCGACAGUAGAUCGAAAUGCACCCUAAGGGGCUGAUUACAUGAACCGGGCAGGCUCGCUUUGCCAAGAACUCGGCGCGUUAGUUAAACGCAACAAAAAUCAACUUUGUGAUUACAUGACAAACGAGCCAGUCCUGUUAGUUGGGAUUAUACCGAGAUCCCGGCCAACUGGGCUGGAAAUGUUCCAUGUAAUCACGCUCGCCGGGCCAGCCCGGGGAACCAAACCAGCAAAAGGAGAGCGGAUAACACAAUGCGCAUGCGCACUGUUUCCAAUCUCUUUGUAAACAUGACGUUUCUUCAUGUAACACCAGGAUAGCUCCAGCACGGAAAAGCGAGCCAGCCUGGCAACCGGGCCAGCCCGGCUCAUUUAAUCAGCACCUAAUAACAGUUAAUCUCUUCUCCCUAGUACAGGUGUGAAAGGUUUUUUAUCUUUCAAAUCCGUGAUGUGAGAAUCGCUGGGUGGCGCUGCGCCUGACAAUGGACCUCUGGUCCUAAGGAUCUGGGAAGAGAAACAUUCUUUAAGUUUAGUCUCCAAAAGAGAAUGCUCUUUCCUUCUUUAUGUGUAGAUUCUGGAAGAACUUUAUCAUGUGAACGCGCGGCUAAGUACAUUAGUUUGGGCCACUCAGGUUUUUGUGCGCGUUAGGGGCUAUUACGGACGUAAUUGCCCUGAAUGUUUCUGUCAAGUCAAAUACACUGUACUUCCCAGGCGGCAAAUUUUUCUUCGGAAACAGGUGUUUCACUGAGUAAAGGCAUCUUCAGAAAAUUAAUGUCUCCACAACAAGUUCUUCCUAGCUUAGCCAGAUCCUAAGCGGGAUUAAUAAGGAAGAAACUCUCUUUUUUUUCUACAGGAUCGUUCAGACACUGAAAUGGCCAGAUUGCCAAACCGGCCUCCCUCCGUUUGCGCACUGUUACCCCAAGAACUCUCAUACGAAACAGUUGAUGUUGACAAAGUUUACAUCCCAACUAAUGCGCUUUUGAUCGCCGAAAACGAGUCGAUAUUUCUUGCGAUCGCAAGCAUUUUGAAAGAUCGAAAGGCUGUGCUGAUUGGAGGGGCCGGGUAUAUCUACUUCGGAAAAAUCAAUUCCCGGCUUGUGUUUUUACUCAAAGCUCGAGGCGAGCCAUCUGCAGUUGUCCAGGCCAUCAAAUCACUCAAACCAAAAGCUGGAAUCUUUCUCGGGUUCGGGAAAUGUCCUCAUAACAGGCCGUACGAUAUCGGGGACGUGAUUGUGGCAGAAGCGAUAGCUCGAAAGAACCCCAAACUUGGAAAACUUGAAAGCCUAACGUGCAGUGAAUGUUUGAUCAACGUGUUCGAAAAUGGCAAAUAUGGCUGGACACCGCCCAAGUACCGCAAACAAGCUGUCCAUGUUGGCAAAGUAUUUCAGAUGGGAGAUUUUACAAAGAAUGAGAAAACCAGUGCAGUAGCUGUGAAAACUUCGAGGUUAGGUCAGUAUAGUGCUCACAAACCUAGACUUUAACAUAAAAGGCAUCGCUCACUAACUUGCGCACUAUUCGAGAAUGAAAAAAGAAACUAACAGACUGUGACGAUAUAAGAAACAUUUAAUAAUUUAUCGGAACACCAGUAGAAAAUGGCAAAUUGUUACGAACUUUAAUUUUUUACGGUUGACUUUUUUGCGACUGAAAGUUAAAUUUUGGAGGUUUAACUGCCACAGAUUCCCUAUUGAAGACCAUCGUGAAGGAUCUAAUUUCUGUUUUAUGUCAUUUCUUUACUGUUUACGUACGUAUCACAGUCGACAAAACAUUACAGUCAUUACAUUGGCGGGGCAAACAAUCCCUCAAUCAACAGACCUUGUCGGUGUGCUAUUGCAAUGUUACAAUCUACGCCUAUAUCAAUACCCUUUUCGAGGAACAACAACAACAACAACAAUCGCUAAUCAUAAUAGACCAGGCUAAUGAAAGUUUUUAGCGCCGGGUUCAGCUGGAAUAUUUCGGUUUUAUUACGUUCGUUGACAAUUUUGUUACUUAAGGUUUAUGGAAUUUUUAAAGAAGCUGUGAACCCCAUAAAAUGGAAGCGUGAAGAUGAUGCAAAAUAGCUGCAUUUAUAAAGCUGACAUGUUCUUUUCGCAGAUAUACUUGAAUGUUGCGAAGUCCUGGGAAAAGAAUGGAUCUCAAUUGUAGGCGUGAUUGGCACUCAGCUUUACCAUGGAAACUCUACUUGGAAGCAAUACGUAGCAGCGGUCUUGAGCUCACUGGUGAAUAAGGUGCUACAGGAUGACCAAGUGUUUGCAAUCUUAGGAGGAGAGGGUGGGGAGCCCAGACGACACAGUCCCCUCCCUGGAAACCCUCUGCAAGAAACAGUUUCUCUUAAAAGUAAGCUGGGAUCAUUAAAUGGGUGUCAGCUCAACCUCUUUCCCAGGGUCUGGUUGCUGCUACUCUCCCUUUUUUCCAACCUCUUUUUUAUGAUUUGUUUAACUUGUCCCCUGGGUAUUUGCGAUAAGUAAUUACUAAGGAAGAGUUUGAUAGAUGUUGAACUCACGGUCGUAUUAGCUGUUCUCGUAAAUAUCGUCCUUCUGAAAUUAAUGCCUUCCGCUUUUGGAAGGCUACGAAUCAACGUUCAGCAAAGUUAGUUGAUAGUGAUUUCUUGAAAACAAAUGGCAGAAAACAAUUUCGUUUUUGAGUCAUAAGGACUUUAAAGCAGAUGGCACUGUUGCUACGUUUGUAGUUAUUCCAGGUAAACUUGUUUAAAAUGAAGGUGUGUGAAUUAUUUUCUUAGAAAGACUGACUGAAAUUGAUCGGGUAUUAAUUGAUGGCAUUAUUGUACUGUCGACUAGUUAACAGUGUGCGUGUUGGUUAAUCAAAGCAGUAUUAUCAGACACUUAAAAUACCACUUUCCAUCUUUUUAAAGCAUUUCAGCUGACGGGUUCAGACUUGUCCCUCCAGGAGGGGUUGAUCCGGAGACAAGCAGAGAUGCACUGGGCACAAGUGAAAGAUGCAUAUGAUAAAGGUUUCUUCCAUCUACCAGGUCAACACAAAACCCAGUCAGACAUCUUGCUGCAAGAGGAGUUCAGUAUAACACCAACUGUUAAAUCACCAGUGGAAAAUAGCGAAGAAUUAACUGACAAGGCUAAUAGCUUAUUGGCCUUAUGGGUACGUGAGCAAGCAUCAAACGACGUCUCGGCAGAUGGGAAACCUACAGGUCUUGAAACAGGAAGUCGAGCUCUCUUUAGGGAACUGAAUCGCUUCACUCUACCACCGCUCCGCUCUUUGUCUGCUGGGAAUCGUAGGACAUCUCCCCAGGAUAACCUGACGAGCCAUGUGCAAACUUGUCCUAUGCUGACCUCCAGUAUGGCUGUUACCAUGCAAGCUGCACUGCUUCCAAUAAGCGCCACCCUACAGACACACGGCAGCUGCCUGGAAAUAAUCAGGAUCAAGAAUGAGGAGAGGGCAACGGUGAGCAGACAAGGAGUAGUUCUCCCUCCCAUAACCCGGCAGAAGAAAAGGGUGUGAUGUGUAGUAUUUGCGAGUAAACGUUCCGGUGACUUCUAAAGUAACGGUUGUAGCGAACUGACUAGUUCAAUAAAAUUGACAAGUGACUUUUCAAAGUCACUUGUCAAUGAACUUAAAAGUUCUUGAUAAAUGUCAUAACAGGCCAACCAGAAAACGAGUAUAGUACAAUGGCUCAGUUAGUUAGAAAUUAAUCCAGUCGACGUUUAAAUUCCUGAAUUGCCACCAUGUGCAAGCGGGGGUUAUGCUGAUUUAUCCUUUAACUCACAGAGACAGUUAUGUUCUAGACAUUAGUAUCUGUAUUUGCACUUUUCCUCCACUUCGUAUUAAUUAUAACAAUUAAUUUUAUAACAAUGUAAGAAAUAAAUGGAAAAGGGUGAGACAUACCGUAAAUGUGUGUAAGCUAAUCAUAGCAAUAUCAUUCCGGUAAGACCAUCAAGAGAAGAUGUCCUAUCCUCUCCAAGUAACAUCCAACAAGUGUUGGACAAGGUCAUAGCUUUUAUAUUUAUUCCAUGGGCGGAUCCAGGUAUUUUAGUUCAGAGGGCUUCGACUUGUACUCCUAGGUAAAGCCAAUAAUUUUAAUCCUUCCACGCCGUUGCACAUUGAUCUCCACUUCGUAGACCUAUGCCGUCUAGCCUGAGUAUCAGGCCUUUCCAAGGGGCUAGGGCAGAGGAGAUUUCAGCUCUCUCCCUCUUUCGCUUCCAUCUUUCCCCUUUUCCCCAGAAACGCCUAAUACUCAGGCUAUAUGCCGUCAUGAUACGCGCAGUAAUGUGACGUUCUACUCGUUACGAAACGAGCUUUGAAGCAAUCGUCUCUUUCUUUUAAGGGGUAAAAUAACUUUUUUUAAAUAUUAAACUUCAUAGUUUAAAAGCAACAGGAAACGCACGUUCUAUUUUUAGGCUACGGAAUUAAAGCCGUAAGCGACCGUUUGGUGAUAUUUCGGGGGUUAUUUUAAUUUUAUAGCAGUAAGCUAAGUACUUUGAAACGUCUUCGGUCCCUCCGACCCUCCCCUUGGAGAACUGGAUUCAGGGGCCAGACGCAUAAAUCUAACGUCAGACGGAACUGCGUUUGUCUGGCGUUAAAAUAAAGAGUUUGAAUUGGCCGAACGUCAGAUGGAACUGCUGACGUCUGGCUUUAAAAUAAAGGGUUUGAAUGGGCUGAACGUCAGAUGGAGUGCUGAAUUCUGGCAUUGAAAUAAAGAGUUUGAGUGGGCUGAAUGCCGGGAACUGCUAACGUCUGGCGUUAAAAUGAAGAGUUUGACUAAGAUGAUGAUGUCGCUGGGAACGUGUUAAAACAAACAGUUUGGAUGGGAUGAACGUCAGAUGUUUGCUGUUACGUGGGACGUUAAGAUUUAUGCAUUAAAGGCGUACUUCGAGUGGGAUAACUAUGUUGCUUAGAUACAGAAGACAUGGAGGCAUGUAAUAUCAUAGCUGUUGCUUUUGUCUCCAGUGUGGAUGAAUUUGUAUGAAGUGAUCGCGCAUUCAAGUGAAACUUUUUCUGCAAUGGGGGACAAAAGUGUUGGGACCUUUUUCCUAGUAAUAUUAGUAAAAUUGGCGACCUCACCCCUCCUACCCAAACAAAAUUAACUUUUGAGCAAAGUGGAUAUUUAGGGCGCAAAAUUGCUGGGGCAGUUGAAGAUGAAGGGAUGAACCCAAAGCCCUUCAAAAAAUUGUCAUUAGGAGCACAGUGGUAAGUAACAAUUAUCAGGGAAGGAUUUUUCCAGCUGUCCCAAGUUCUUUUGACUUGCAUUAUAUACAGUGGGUUUCACACGACACCAUUUCUUAGGAUUUUACAAAGUGAGAUGUCUUGAACUCUGAUUUUGGCAACUAGAGGAAAAGCUGAGAUGAAAAAGCUAAGUGGGUAAGGGGUUUACGACUAAAAGUGAUAUUACCUGUUUAAUGAGGGUUUUUUUAUUAUUUGCGAUGUUUUAAAUUUGUCAUAGACCCUUAACUACCUUCUGUUUCAUUUGCGAGCGAUUUGUCAGGGUCUGAUUUUAAGGCUCCAAUAAUUCCACUCAUCCCAGUACUUGUCUAAUUUCGAGUCGUCAUCCUUGUAAAUUGCUUGAAUAAAUAGUAAUAUAGUAGUAAUAUAGUAAUUAUAGUUUAUUAAAACUUUCUUGCAGUACAAGAAACUGAAUUAACGGGUUAAAUUACAUUGUACUACAAUAAAAAUCAAUCAUACUAGUCAAAAUAUCGAAAUGUAAAAACUGAGUUUUCUGCCC